CCGAGGUCAAGGGGAAAGAAGCAUGGCUGCGCUCUUCAGAGGCUCUGCAAAUUUAUUGCUAAGGUGGAAUAAGCAUGUCGACUUUGCCUUCGUGUCAUCGCGAUCAAUGGCCUCUAAGACGCCAGUGGGUUUUAUUGGUCUGGGAAACAUGGGCACACCCAUGGCCAAAAACCUGUUAAGAAAUGGCUACCCCGUAAUUGCCACUGAUGUCUUUCCGGAGUCGUGCAAGGAGCUACAGGACACAGGUGCCCAGGUAGUAGACUCCCCGGCAGAGGUGGCGGAAAAAGCUGACCGCAUCAUUACGAUGUUACCCUCUAGUCCCAACGUCAUCGAGGUCUACACCGGCCCAAACGGCAUUCUCAAGAAGGUGAAGAAAGGAACGUUGCUGAUCGACUCUUCCACGAUUGAUCCUGCUGUCUCUAAAGAAAUGGCAGUCGCUGCAGAGAAGAUGGGAGCUGUGUUCAUGGAUGCUCCAGUCUCAGGAGGUGUCGGUGCUGCCAGCUUGGCCAAACUGACCUUCAUGGUGGGCGGGGUGGAGGAGGAAUACCACGCCGCACAGGAGCUGCUCACCUGCAUGGGAGCCAACGUCGUCUACUGCGGACAGGUCGGCACCGGGCAGGCCGCCAAAAUCUGCAACAACAUGCUGCUGGCCAUAGGAAUGAUCGGUACUGCAGAGACCAUGAACCUCGGCAUCAGAUUGGGUUUGGACCCGAAGCUCCUGGCCAAAAUCCUCAACAUGUCCUCAGGUCGUUGCUGGUCCAGCGACACAUACAACCCUGUCCCUGGAGUGAUGGAGGGAGUCCCUUCGGCCAACAACUACCAGGGCGGCUUCGGCACCACACUGAUGGCUAAGGAUCUCGGCUUGGCACAAAACACCGCCACCAACACCAAGACGCCCGUCCCCCUGGGCUCCCUCGCUCACCAGAUCUACCGAGUCAUGUGCUCCCGCGGAUACGCUAACAAGGAUUUCUCAUCCGUCUUUCAGUUCCUGCGCGAGGAGGAAGGACAGUGAACAGAGGGGGAGCACAGCUGACUGUGCUGUUGCUACACACACAUACACACACACACACACACACACGAACAACACACCCCAGUGCCCCUUAUCCCGCUAUGCUCAGGAGAGACUAAGGCCUUGCCCUCAGGCACAGAUCCGUGGUCCAAUUACCAUACUGUAUGUCGACACAUGUCCCCUCGUUGCAUUAGCUGAAUCAUAUUUUCCAUUCACGGCCUCCCGUCACAUGGAGGAAAUGCUAAAACCGACCUUAGAUCAGUAUCUAGAGACAAAGCAGCUCUCUUUCCACUCUGUACUGAGAGGCAAUGGAGACGAGACAGGAUGAGGCACUGCUGGUGUAAAAGUAACAAUGCAAAUAAGUGUUGAACAGGAUGAUUGAUGAGUAAUAAUUGCAUGAACGUUAAAGCUUAAAGUAAGGUUGUUUUUUUUUUUGCUGGAAUUGUGCUAUUUGCCUGUUACCUAAAUGACCUGAGGUUGUCUGUGUGCAAUGACAGAGGCCAGAUGGAAAAAAACAAACAAAAAAAAAAGAAUAAGGAUUCAUGAUGGACAUUUACUUGAAGAGAGUGCAAGAGAGUCCACAGGUUGAACUUUGGCUGAUUCC